AUGAUGAUGGACGACGGGAUGUACUACAUGAACGGGAUGUACUACAAAGGCCGGAUGGCGAUGGACGACAGCAUGGACCAGAUGAACGGCAUGAACUCGAUGAACAACGGCAUGAUGCGCAAUGGGAUGAGCACCAACUCGAUGAACAACAUGAACCGUCAAAAGCGCGCCACCGCCAGCCCAAACAUGAUGAGCACCAACUCGAACAUGAUGGACAUGAGCACAAGCCAAAUGAACCAGAUGAACUCGAUGGGGAUGAGCGGCAUGAUGAACAACGGCAUGAUCAUGAUGAGAGACAUGCGCAUGUAUCAGAAUGGACAGUGCAGGAUUGGGAACACCGCCCAGGGCCAUAUGCUCUACGAUGGCCAGGCCACUCGCGCUCUCACCACCUCCGAAAUCAGCCAGCUGAAGAUGUUCCGCACCCAGCUCGAUAUGGCAGCAAGCCCGUUCGAACCGCAAGCUUACACUGAUUAUAAUGGCCUGAAUCUGGAUGCUCUAAGAAUGCCGCGAGCCUAUGGAAACUCAAAUUACAAUAUGAACUACAACAACCCGAACAUGAACAUGAACAACAUGAAUAUGAACAUGUACGACCAACAACAACACGAAACCCAUCAAGCCUAUCAGAAUGGGCAGUGCCAGAUGCAGGGAAAAUACCUCUACGACGGAUCAAAUAUCCGAACAUUGACGACCUCGGAACAAAGCCAACUCCAGAACUACCAGAGCCAGAUGAUGAACGGAAAUCGCAACGCUCGGCUACCCUGCUUCUGCCGACAAGUCAGCUGCUCGUCGUAU